AUGGCUUCUUACCUCCCGAUUCCUGGAGGACAUAUCACCCUAGCUGGACGUUUCGUGGAUCCUGCACUUAGUUUUGCUAUGGGCUGGAAUUAUUGGUACAAUUGGACGAUCCUUCUACCCACUGAGCUUAGCGCUGCCGCCAUCCUGAUUGAAUUCUGGACCCACAGUGAUAAGCUGAACCCUGCGUGGAUCACAAUAUGUAUGGUGGUCGUCCUUGCUAUCAAUGUGUUGGGAGCAGGUGCUUAUGGAGAGGCUGAGUUUAUAUUCGCAUCGAUCAAAGUGAUCACGAUUGUCGGGCUGAUCAUUCUGGGUAUCGUCCUCGACCUUGGAGGCGGACCAAGCCGUGAUCGUAUUGGUUUCCGUUAUUGGAUAACCCCUGGGCCUUUCGCUCAAUUCAAUGGUAUACAAGGAGCCACAGGACAGUUUCUCGGGUGGUGGUCCGUGAUGACACAGGCUGCAUUCUCCUUCAUCGGAGUGGAAAUUGUUGCGAUUGCUGCUGGUGAAGCGAAAAAUCCCAGGCGCAACAUUCCGAAGGCGAUAAAGAGGGUCUACAUCCGUAUUCUCUUAUUCUAUAUUGGAGGAACCUUCAUCAUAGGCCUUCUGGUCCCCUCCUCGGAACCGCGCUUAAAUUUGGACACAACGAACGCCGGUGCUUCGCCCUUCGUAAUCGCCAUCAACAAUGCUGGAAUAAAAGGAUUGCCUUCGGUUAUCAAUGCAGCUCUCCUCACAUCGGCUUGGUCCGCAGCAUCCAGCGAUCUGUACACCAGUUCCCGGGCGCUCUAUGGACUUGGGGUUGCCGGAAAUGCUCCAAAAUUCGUGACGCUUACAACGAAAAGAGGUCUACCUUACGUAUCACUCGCCAUUUGCUCCUUGUUCUCCGGUUUGGCAUAUAUGGUUGUCUCCGCUGGAGCCGGCAAGGUAUUCACGUGGUUCCAAAACAUGACAUCUGUCGCCGGCCUAGUGACGUGGUUCGGAAUAUCGGUAACCUAUGUAAGGUUCUACGCUGGACUAAAGGCCCAAGGCUAUGACCGCACAAAGUUGCCAUUUUAUUCUCGAUUACAGCCUUUUGUCGCCUGGUAUAGCAUGACCUUGUGCCUACUCAUUUGCAUAUUAAGUGGAUGGAAAGUCUUCUUGAGGGGCCAGUGGCGAACUGACACCUUCGUCACCAACUACCUUCCACUCGUUUUAUUCCCUAUCAUGUAUCUUGCCGCGAAACUGGCCAGAAAAACCAGGAUUGUUCGUGCGAGUGAAAUGGAUUUCGUUUCAGGUUUGGCACAGGUCGAGGCCGACAGUUAUGAUGAACCGCCGCCCAGAAACAAAUUCGAGGCGUUUUGGGGAUGGCUGAUGUGA